ACAUCAGGCAGCAGGGAAAGAUACAUCUAUAAAUGAAUCAUGCUUUUCAAUAUCUCAUCACAGAUGGAUAUUUAUCUCACAUUACCUACUGAUCCCGUUGAGAAAUAAUCAUCUUGGUAAUUCAAUAUCAUUUCCAAUCUCCAAACUCGUUGGAGUGAACUUAUCAAAUUCAACAUACAAGAACAGCAGCUAAGAUUCAGCAUUCAAAACGGACUCAGCAAGAUGGUCGUUACAUAUGAUCCUGAUGGAGAUCUAGUCCUAGUCCUCACACAAGAAACAGAGUUGGAAGAUACAGAUGAAGGAGAAAAUUCAGAGGAAUCAACAGAACCAGAACCAGGACCACGGGACUACCUGGAAAAGAAUGUCCUAACGAACGAAGCUACCGCCGUCAGGGAAGAUGUACAUAUGUUAGUAUCAUCCAAACACAUGAGCCUUGCUUCUCCUGUCUUCAAAGCCAUGCUUCAGGCCAACCAUUUCAAAGAAGGUCGAGAACUAGCCUCUGCUGGCAAGGUUGAAAUUUCCCUUCCUGAUGACGACCCUGAUGCCUUUGCUAUUUUGAUGUGUAUUAUUCACGGUCGGACAAGGAGUGUUCCCCGCGAAAUUGAUUUAGAUCUCCUAUCAAGGAUUUCUACUCUGGUUGAUAAGUAUCAAUUACAUGAGGUGGUUGAGAUUAUGUCUGAUAGAUGGAUAUCCCAGCUUGAAUCUGAAUUGCCGGAGGAACUUACAGAUGAUUUACUCCCAUGGCUUAGCAUUGCUUGGGUAUUUGAAAAAUCAAGUAUCUUCAAGGAGAUUACUCGAAUUGCAGAACGACAAAGUAAGGGUAGGAUUGGUGAAGAUAGAGAUGACAUUCCGAUUCCAAAUCGAGUGCUUGGUAAGAAAGUUCCUAUCUCUUCAAGUGUCAAGCACAUGACUAACAAUAGUGAAGAUGCAAUCCAAGAACGAAGAUUAGCCGCGAUAACCGACGCCUACUUCAUAGUGGAAACUAUAUUGCAUACUGGCAAACACCACUGCACCGCGCCCCGCAAAUCUUCAUUUGAAUGCAGUGGCAUGGUACUGGGAACCCUUCUCCAGAGUUCCACAAAAUUAGGCAUAUUUCCCGUACCAGAUCUUACAAAUACAGAUCUCACAUUCAAUUAUGUAGCCAACCAGAUCCGUAAAGUUGCAGUCGUCGCUCUUUGUGAUAGCCUAUCACCAUUCAAGGGAUUUGAGUAUCAUCAUUGGUCUACGCAUGGUGUCAAACAGGCGAUUGAUACCGAGCUGGUGAAUCUUGAAAAGAGAUUGUGUGGAUUGGAAAUGGAGGAUUUUAAGAAGGGAAAGAGAGCACAGGCGAAGCUUAAUUUCCCGGUGAGAGUGAAAACGAAAUCGAAUAAUUUGGAUAUGACACAGUUGUUGUCUCUUAUGCCUUCUGGAGACAAUGAUUUUCCCGAAAUAGGCUUCUAGGCAGCAAUUAAAUUCCUUAUACGAUGAUAUCCACCUAUAAAUUACUACUGCUAUCCUUUCACAUUGACUCUCAUUCACUCAUACUUAUUAUCCUAAGAUUCCGAACAGCCAGCUAGCAAAGUCAAGUGAAUCUCUUCUACCAGAUAGGCUAACGACGUAACGGUCGCGACUCACUUUAUCUAUCAACUUUAGACUCAAUUUUCUCUUUUAUCACCUACAAUCGCACAACGACCAACACCAUAUUACUCUUUACCUCAAAAUUUAAUCUUCUUCAAGCAUAACAGCCUCUCUAUCGUUCCGUCCAGUUAUCUACCUAUAACCAUCAAUUCCACCGCAAUGGCAUCCAAAGACCCGAAGCUCCAGAGAAACUCAUCUUCGACACCAAAGGCGAUGUUCUCCUUAUCUUCGCUCGCCGUCCCAAGGAUAAAGACGAAGGCAAAGACGCACCCGGAAAACCGGGAUCGUUGAAUAGGAAGGCGUAAGCAUCCGCUCAAACACCUUUAAAAUAAUUCAAUGCUGAUUUUGAUGUUAGCCCUAAUGAUGCCCCUCAGACCGUUACUAUGCUGGUAUCCUCGAAGCACAUGACACUUGCAUCGCCUGUCUUUGAAAAAAAUUGCUUAGUGAUGGUAGAUUCAAGGAAGGAGCUGAAUUGCUCGCUAAGGGCAAAGCUGAAAUCGAGCUGCCUGAUGACAACCCCAACGCCUUUUCGAUAAUUGCCCAGAUCAUUCAUAGACGGAACAAGACCGUGCCGGAGCAAGUCUCCUUCAAGCUACUACUUGAAUUGGCAAUCCUUACAGAGAAGUACCAGGUACAUGAGAUUCUAGGUUGCAUUUCAAACCACUGGGUUCAGAACCUUGUUCGAGCCACUCCUUUUGCCUACAGAAUUCUGCCCAGUAAACCAAUGAUUCCAAUUCAACCAUACCUCUUCAUAUUCUUGGUGUUCGGUUGUGAUAAACAUUUUCAAAAACAAACAAAAAUAGCAAUCUUGUGUAGCGACGGGACCUUCGGAAGUGAUCCCAACAAUCGCUUUUAUAUUCCAUCAUCACUCAUAGGUAUGGCUAGCGAAAACAUCAUACACAUCUCAUACUAAUUAAUUUCUGAAACCAUAAAACGCAAACGUACAGAAGCCUUUGGCAGCAUAUUUGCCGCUAUCAAAAGCUUUUCCCAGCGAGGAUUUGAGCUUAAAUCAUACUGCAAAGAUCCUCUCGACAUCUGUGACUUCAUAAAUAGCGGAUCUUUCUUGAACAGCGCUUCACUCAAUGGUUUCUGGCCAAUACCUGAAACACCAUAUCCCGGCAUGACACUUGAAACCCUCUUUCAA